GGUUUUAACAAACCGGAAGUCAUAUUUGUAUCGCUUAUGUUGACAACAUUUUAAAUUCCUUCGCGUUCUGUUACGAAACUAAGGUCACGGACAACGGAACGAUAAGUUUUCCGCUGCCUGUCAACAAGAAGUGAGCCAUGCACCACACAGCUUGCUGGAAAUGACGGUGUUGACCAACUUGAGGCCAACUAUAUGUCUUGCCUGCUUCGCUAGAUCUGCUAACCUUAUAUUGACCAGAACUGCUACUCAUUACGCUGUGCUUGGUGUAUCCCAAAAUGCGACGCAGAAACAGAUAAGGGAAGCAUACAUUGAGCUGUCAAAAAAACAUCACCCGGAUCAAAACAAGGACAAGGAGCAGAUUAGCCAUGAAAAAUUCCAGAAGAUCAAUGAAGCAUACAGUGUGUUGAGUAAGGAUGUUUCAAGGCGCGAGUAUGAUAGAACUUUAUUGAACACUGCCGGCACGUUUCACACGCGCACACGGACACAUAGUAGUGCCCCAUAUAACGCAGCUAGUCAACAGAGGUACCAGGAUCCAAGGUACCAGGAUCCAUUUAACGAGGAGAGCUACAAUUAUCGAAGGGAGUGGACUGGCAAAGAGUGGGAGGAAUAUAACAGGGAGAGAGCAUCUGAAAGAUUUUGGAAUAAUGACUUUGAAGAAAGUAACAACUCGUUUCGAGAUCAUUGGGAUGGGGAAGAUCUCAACGACUCCAUAUAUCAUCAUUGGCUCUUCAAAUUAGCUAUAUAUCUGCUCGCCAUCGCCAGAAUUACGUUUUUUGUGGUUGUGCUACUUGUAUGGAUAUCAAGGGAUGAAAGAAUUAGAAAAUUUGAGGACAUGCGGGAAGAGUACCAAUAUUCACAGCAGCAAAACCGAAUUGCCAAUCGAAUCCUGAUGUUCAUGAUAGUAGCCUUUAUGAUGAUUCAGUAUUUCUACAGCCGCUUGAUCAUAGCUCGUAACCGUCUAGCCAAUACCACAGAUCCUAUACUGGAGAAAAGUUUGGCAGACUAUGCCAAAGAGCAGGAGGAAUUGGCGGCCAAAGCUGCUGCCAAGGCUUCUGGGAAAACUGUAUAAUAGAAAUAGUCUGUAGGUGAAGAUAAUUGUAUCACCAGUGAUUUUGUAUUUCUAAACUGGUUGGAUGCAUCAGGAAACAUGACUGCAAGCUGGUUACUUGUGAUAUUGGUUAUUGAAGUGAUAUACAAACUCCUGACAAUUGAUAGUUAGAUGUACUUGGUGUAAACUCCAGCGUAAAAAUGCCUUAACCAUCGUCAAAACUGAAAAAGUUGUGAUACAGCUGCACAGUGUCUUUGUGUUUUAUUGUUCCCAGGGAAAACAAAUCAAGAUAUCUGCAGCGGUAUCUUGAUAUUGAUGACGGGACUUCUUGUGUGGUGGGCUUCCGACGGUUGUUACUUGUUACACUGACAUGUCUCUGGGGAUUUUGUGAUUUUAAAUGGCCAAACUAACAGAUGUAUUUGGAAAUCAAUGUAACUUGUGUAGAUGUUAUGUUUCGAUUUUGAUUCAUCUUGUAUAAGCCUGUGUUUUCUGUCAAACAGACUGAAGAAAACCUGCGAUCAUGUAUUGGUAUGAUUAUUACUAUGUGUUUAUACCGGAUUAUUCAGUAUUUAUUGGACAAUUGUGCCUAAAUGUUGGGUUAUUUAGAAUAUUGAUUCUUUUUGCUACAAGAUAUUGAUGUACUUGUUUUAAAAGCACUUGUAAAUUGUGUGCAUUUGUUUUAAUUCUUAAGUAAUGAAGUAAUCCUAUGGGUCGCUGUGCUAAACUGCAUUAGUUUUGCUAUGUACAAUCCUUUAGAAAAAAGUUUUCGGUGAGAAUUUUUUUAAAGAGGAAUUUUAAACAGAUUUUCGUCUUGAAACUUGCUAUGAUUUCAAUCAGUGUAAAUUUAUUAUGCCCCCCUUCGAAGAAGAGGGGGUAUAUUGCUUUGCUCAUGUCGGUCGGUCGGUAGGUCGGUCGGUCCGUCCACCAGGUGGUUGUCGUAUGAUAACUCAAGAACGCAUACGCCUAGGAUCAUGAAACUUCAUAGGUAGAUUGAUCAUGACUCGCAGAUGACCCCUAUUGAUUUUGAGGUCACUAGGUCAAAGGUCAAGGUCACGGUGACCCGAAAUAGUAAAAUGGUUUUUGGAUGAUAACUCAAGAACGCAUACGCUUAGGAUCAUGAAACUUCAUGGGUAGAUUGAUCAUGACUCGCAGAUGACCCCUAUUGAUUUUGAGGUCACUAGGUCAAAGGUCAAGGUCACGGUGACCCGAAAUAGUAAAAUGGUUUCCGGAUGAUAACUCAAGAACGCAUACGCCUAGGAUCAUGAAACUUCAUGGGUAGAUUGAUCAUGACUCGCAGAUGACCCCUAUUAAUUUUGAGGUCACUAGGUCAAAGGUCAAGGUCACGGUGACCCGAAAUAGUAAAAUGGUUUCCGGAUGAUAACUCAAGAACGCAUACGCCUAGGAUCAUGAAACUUCAUGGGUAGAUUGAUCAUGACUCGCAGAUGACCCCUAUUAAUUUUGAGGUCACUAGGUCAAAGGUCAAGGUCACGGUGACCCGAAAUAGUAAAAUGGUUUCCGGAUGAUAACUCAAGAACGCAUACGCCUAGGAUCAUGAAACUUCAUAGGUAGAUUGAUCAUGACUUGCAGAUGACCCCUAUUGUUUUUGAGGUCACUAGGUCAAAGGUCAAGGUCACGGUGACCUGAAAUAGUAAAAUGGUUUUCGGAUGAUAACUCAAGAACGCUUUUGCCUAGGAUCAUGAAACUUCAUAGGUAGAUUGAUCAUGACUCGCAGAUGACCCCUAUUGAUUUUGAGGUCACAAGGUCAAAGGUCAAGGUCACGGUGACCCGAAAUAGUAAAAUGAUUUUCGGAUGAUAACUCAAGAAUGCUUUUGCCUAGGAUCAUGACACUUCAUAGGUACAUUGAUCGUGACUCGCAGAUGACCCCUAUUGAUUUUCAGGUCACUAGGUCAAAGGUCAAGGUCACAGUGACAAAAAUCGUGCUCACACAAUGGCUGCCACUACAAUGGACAGCCCAUAUGGGGGGCAUGCAUGUUUUACAAACAGCCCUUGUUGUUUAUUGAAAAUAAUUUUCAGAAGACUUCUGAAACCAACAUUCCACAGACAUUAGAUGCCAGAAAAUUCAAAAAAGUAAAUAGUUAUCUGAACAUUUCAGUUUUGAAAAUAAUUAUUUGUAUGGAAAUGAUUCUUUGAUGAAUAUAGACUUUCUCUGGAAUGUGAAAGUUUUUCUUUAUUAAAGGGUACAAGGAAGUAACACAUUGUUUAAAAUUUUUAAGUCUAAUUUAAUGGUUUUCUUUAAUGCUACAAUGAAAAUAAUGUAACAAUGAACCCAAUUAGUAAUAUAUACAUGUAUGUACUAACAAGGCUGACUUACUUGGUUUACCAAUCAUAGUUUUAUUCAAACAACAGUUGAUAUCUGUGAUUUUGAGUUGGCUAUAAUUGUACCCAAAGAUUUGUGGGUUAUAUACAUGUAUCUAGUGCGUUAAUGCAUCCUAUCUAUCAGUUCUGUUACAAUAAUAGUUUUUUGUUUCAUAAUUGAGUAAAAGUAACAGUAAAACGCACUAGAAUAGUUUGAAUUGAAACGUUUAUUGUACUGAUAAUAAAGAUUACACCUGUUACUUAGUUGAAUUGAUGAAUGGUAGUUGUUUUUGGAUGCAAAAUUUCUUUACAUACAUGACUGCUCAUUUUAAAUAUGGAUAUUAUUGUAAUAAAUAUGUAUUAACAUUUUUAAAAUGCAUUUGUUGACAAAUAAAAAUAAAUAUUAAAUUUC